CCACCUGACUCACAGCUCACCUGGAUCAGGAGCCGCCCAGGUGAAGGGACACCUGAGAGGAAGAGAGACCCCCGCCCAGCACACAGAGACCCCCAGAGGAGGAGGAGGAGAGUCCCAGGAAGACCCCAGGGCAGAGGGACAGCCUGAGUGAGACCUCCAGGAGGACAGAGACACUCACCUGGGCUACCUGCAAGACACAUACCUGGACUACUGAGACCUCCAGGGGUGGGGGGGGAGUGUGAGAGACCCCCAGAGGGGGAUGUGUGUGUGACACCCAGGAGGACGACACCCCCGAGAACCUGCAACCCCCAGCGGACACAGCAACACCAUGGGCAGCAAGGAGCGCUACCAUUGGCAGACGCAGAAUGUGCGGCAGAGCGGAGUGGACGAUAUGGUCCUCCUGUCCAAGAUCACGGAGGACGCCAUCGUGGAGAACCUGAAGAAGAGAUACAUGGACGACUUCAUCUUCACGUACAUCGGGCCGGUGCUCAUCUCCAUUAACCCCUUCAAACAACUGCCAUACUUCGGUGACAAGGAGAUCGAGAUGUACCAGGGGGCGGCUCAGUAUGAGAAUCCUCCACACAUCUACGCGCUGGCGGACACCGUGUACCGGAAUAUGCUGAUCGAUGGGGAGAAUCAAUGUGUCAUCAUCAGCGGGGAGAGCGGAGCCGGGAAGACGGUCGCCGCCAAGUAUAUUAUGGGCUACAUCUCGAAGGUCUCCGGGGGAGGGGCCAAGGUCCAGCACGUGAAGGACAUCAUCCUCAAAUCCAAUCCCCUGCUGGAAGCGUUCGGGAACGCCAAGACUGUCCGAAACAACAACUCCAGCCGCUUUGGGAAAUAUUUUGAGAUUCAGUUCAGCAAGGGCGGGGAGCCGGACGGCGGGAGGAUCUCGAACUUCCUGUUGGAGAAGUCGCGGGUGGUCAGCCAGAAUACGGGGGAGAGGAACUUCCACAUCUUCUACCAGCUGCUGGAUGGCGCCACGGCAGAAGACCGCGAGAAUCUGGGAGUGACGUCCCCCGAUUAUUAUUUAUACCUCAACCAGUCAGCCGUGUACCAUGUGGAGGACGUCAGCGACAAACAGGAGUUUGCCGAGACCAUGGCGGCGAUGGACGUGGUGGGUCUCACCCAUGAGGACCAGGCCAACGUCCUUCAGAUAGUGGCGGGAAUCCUCCAUCUGGGGAACAUUGCCUUCAAAGAAAGCGGGAACUACGCUGUGGUGGAGAGCACAGACUUCUUGGCCUUCCCGUCCUAUCUGUUGGGCAUUGACCAGACGCGGUUGCAGGAGAAGUUGACCAGCCGGAAGAUGGACAGUAAAUGGGGCGGAAAGUCGGAGGUGAUCGACGUGACGCUGAACAAGGAGCAGGCGUGCUUCACCCGGGACGCGCUCACCAAAGCCCUGUACACCCGGCUCUUCGAUUUUCUGGUGGAGGCGGUGAAUAAGGCGAUGCGGAAGGACGUGGAGGAAUACAAUAUCGGAGUUUUGGAUAUUUACGGAUUUGAGAUAUUUCAGAAAAAUGGAUUUGAACAAUUUUGUAUCAACUUUGUAAAUGAAAAACUGCAACAGAUCUUCAUUGAGCUGACCCUGAAAGCCGAACAGGAAGAAUACGUCCAAGAGGGGAUCCGCUGGAAUCCGAUUGAGUAUUUCAACAACAAGAUUGUGUGUGACCUGAUAGAGAACAAAGUGAGUCCUCCGGGGGUCAUGAGCAUCCUGGACGACGUCUGCGCCACCAUGCACGCCAAAGGUGAGGGCGCCGAUCAGACGCUCCUCCAGAAACUCCAGUCCGCCAUCGGCAACCACGAGCAUUUCAACAGCUGGAACAAAGGUUUCAUUAUCCACCACUAUGCAGGGAAGGUAUCAUAUGACGUGGAAGGAUUCUGUGAGCGUAAUCGAGACGUCCUCUUCACCGAUCUCAUUGAAUUAAUGCAGAGCAGUGAAAUACCGUUCAUCAGAGCGCGUUUCCCCGAGAACCUCAACGCAGAUAAGAAAGGACGACCGAGCACCGCCAGCACCAAGAUCAAGAAACAAGCCAACGACUUAGUGCAGACGCUGAUGAAGUGCACCCCCCACUACAUCCGCUGCAUAAAACCCAACGAGACCAAGAAGGCACGGGACUGGGAGGACAACAGGGUGAAACAUCAGGUAGAAUACUUGGGUCUUCGGGAGAACAUCCGGGUUCGCCGCGCUGGAUACGCCUAUCGCAGAAUCUUCCGAAAAUUCCUCAACAGGUACGCCAUAUUGACGCGGGAGACGUGGCCGGAGUGGCGGGGGGACGAGAAGAAGGGCGUCCUCCACCUACUGAAGUCGGUGAACAUGGACGCCGAUCAGUACCAGCUGGGCAAGACCAAAGUCUUCAUAAAGGCUCCGGAGUCGCUGUUCCUGCUGGAAGAGAUGCGGGAGAGGAAGUACGACAAUUAUGCUCGUGUCAUCCAAAAAGCCUGGCGCAAACACACCGCCGUCCGCAAGUACAUCCGAAUGAGAGAGGAAGCUUCCAACAUCAUCCUGAACAAGAAAGAACGAAGACGGAAUAGCAUCAACCGCAACUUUGUGGGCGACUACAUCGGGAUGGACUGUCGCCCAGAACUGAGGCAGUUCGUAGGGCGUAGGGAAAGGAUCGAUUUUGCAGACACGGUGGUGAAAUAUGACCGCCGGUUCAAGACGCUGAAGCGCGAUAUGGUGUUGACGCCGAAGUUCGUGUACCUGAUUGGUCGGGAGAAGAUGAAACAGGGGCCAGAGAAAGGCCAAAUCAAAGAGGUUCUGAAGAGGAAGAUCGAACUGAAGGACAUCCAAUUUGUCUCGAUGAGCACACUUCAAGACGACUUCAUUAUCCUCCAUGAACCGCAGUACGACAGCGUAUUGGAAAGUGUCUUCAAGACCGAGUUCCUCAGCCUGCUCUACAAGCGCUACGAGGAACGAAUGCAGAAGAAGCUGGACGUCAGAUUCAACAAUCAGUUGGAGUUCAAGGUGAAGAAGGAAGGUUGGACCCCCUGGGGAGCGGCAGGAACCCGACAGAUCCAAUUCCAGACAGGAUCCGGUGAUGUGGCGGUACCGAAGGUAAAUGGAAAGGUGCUGCUGGUUAUGAUUGGAGCCGGAUUGCCCAAAAAUUCCCGACCCACCCGGAAGGAUAACCGCAAAAGCCAGUACCUGGGAGUCAACGUCCAGUCCAAGAACACAGGAUCCCGCAUUGCCAACGGAGGCAACAAAAAGGGUUUCCGGCCUCCUCUGCAACAACGAAUGUCGUUCACAUCCCGUCAGAGCAGCAUUGACCAGCCGAGUCUUCCCAGGCAGGGUGCCAGUCCUCGCGCCAAGGUGCCACCAGGCAACAUAGACUUGGGAUUCAUGAGCGUGCCCGACCAGGGGGUGGCAGGCUUACAGCGGAGACUUUCCAAGGAGGUGAAACCCGUGCCUGGAGGAGGGAGGUCCAAACCUGCGCCAAAGCCGAAACCUCAGCCGCAGCUCCCCUGCUGCCGCGCUCUUUACGCCUACGAUGCCCAAGAUACGGAUGAGCUGAGCUUCAACGCCAACGACACACUGGAGAUCGUCCGAGAGGAUCACUCUGGAUGGUGGCAGGGCCGGCUUCGUGGGCGAGAAGGCCUGUUCCCCGGGAAUUACGUAGAGAAGAUCUGAUGCUCGAGAACUGCCGAAACCAAGACCCCGAAUGUCGUCUGACACAGAGGAGGGUGGAGAACCUCAGCUUCAUAGAAGAAUCUCUGCUGUGUAAGCGGAAUUGGCAACUCCACUGUGAGAACGAAGCUCGACGGAUGCCUUCCCGCACUGUACAUACCGAACACAAGUCGUCUUUUAUUACUGCUUUUUACAGUUUUUAUAUUUUGUGCUGGGGUGAACGCUGCAUCUAUUUAUAGAACAAUAAAGUGACGUCCCUCAGCGGAA